AUGAACCGCUUUCAACACCUGCUUUACGUCUGCUCCAUCGCAAUGAUUGCGUGCAGCACGACAGCGCAUGCUUCGUAUGGCUCACAAGGACUGUCUGGUGGCUAUGGCGGCGGAGACGCCGGUGCCGGUGCUGGAGGUGCUGUAGGGCUCAGCAGCGGUAUUGGAGGCAGCGGUGCUGGCGGCAGUGAUACACUCGGUGGCAUCAUUCAAGGUAUUGGCAAUACGGGUGCUAUCGAAGGUGAUGGCAAUGGUGUACCAAGUCCAUGCAACGCAAUCCAACCUGCCCAAAGCAUCCCCUACGCUUUAGGUCAACGUGCCAACACGGUCAGCUCAUCAAUCACCUACCCACAAAACAAGGGAGAAAUCCUUAUCCAUCGUCCCGCUGCCAUUAUCGUCAAGCGUCCACCCACCCGAGUGUUGGUCAACCAUCCCCCACUAGUUGUGAAACCCGCACCAGUAGUCUUGCAUAAACCCCCAGCAGUUGUUUUGCGCAAGGUCUAUGUUAAACAUCACCCACGCCCAGUUAAGGUAGAGCCCGUCUACGUCAAUGUUGUCAAGCCACCAGCAGAGAAAUAUUUCGUCAACGAGAAGCAACAAGCCGCUUAUAACAAUGGAUACGGCAAUGGUUUUGGUGCUGGUGCCGGAGCUGGUGGCAAUGGUGCUGCUGCCGCUGGUAGCGCCAAUGCUGAAGCUGAAGCUGCUGGAUACCAGCUAUUGCAGGGUUCCGGACUAUCUGCUUUGGCUAACAUUGCCAAUGGAGGACAAGGCGCAUAUGAAAGCAGUAAUGCCGGAAACAGUGGUUAUGGCGCUAGUGGUGCUGCACAAGGUGCGUCAGCCGCACAAUACUAA